AUCCUUCCGCGGCGAAGAAGCGCGCGGCCCUUUCCCUCCCGACAACACAGGAUGAAAACGAGAGAAGCGACGAGUCAACACUCUGCGCCACUGCCCUUAACGCUUCCCGCACCGUCCCAGUGAAAAACACCUAGCGAGCACCGGGGGAACCUCUGCCUCCUUCACCGCUGACCGAAACCGCCCCGUGGCUGGCACCGACUGAGCUCCGUGGAAGAAAUAUAAUCCGCCGUGGGCGCUGCGAGGCAACCGAAACUGUCGGAAGAGAUCGAGGCAGCUGGAGGACGGAAUGGAGCUCAUCACUAUCCUCGAAAAAACCGUCUCUCCGGAUCGGAAUGAAUUGGAGGCGGCGCAGCAGUUUCUGGAGCAGGCGGCGAUAGAGAACCUGCCCACGUUCCUGGUGGAGUUGUCCAAAGUGUUGGCGAACCCAGGGAACACGCAGGUGGCUCGAGUCGCCGCUGGUCUCCAGGUGAAGAACUCUCUGACUUCCAAAGACCCCGACGUGAAGACGCAGUACCAGCAGAGAUGGCUGGCCAUCGACGGCAACGCUCGGCGCGAGAUCAAGAAUUACGUUUUACAGACGCUGGGCACAGAGACGUACCGGCCCAGCUCGGCCUCGCAGUGCGUCGCCGGCAUCGCCUGCGCGGAGAUUCCCGUCAACCAGUGGCCCGAGCUGAUCCCGCAGCUGGUGGCCAACGUCACCGACCCCUCCAGCACCGAACACAUGAAAGAAUCCACGCUGGAGGCCAUCGGGUACAUCUGCCAGGACAUUGACCCCGAGCAGCUGCAGGAGAACGCCAACCAGAUCCUGACGGCCAUCAUCCAAGGCAUGAGGAAGGAGGAGCCCAGCAACAACGUCAAACUGGCUGCCACCAACGCUCUGCUCAACUCUCUGGAGUUCACCAAAGCCAACUUUGACAAGGAGACGGAGAGACACUUCAUCAUGCAGGUGGUCUGCGAAGCGACGCAGUGUCCCGACACCAGGGUGCGAGUGGCGGCCUUACAGAACCUGGUGAAGAUCAUGUCUCUGUAUUAUCAGUACAUGGAGACUUACAUGGGACCUGCUCUGUUUGCGAUCACCAUCGAGGCGAUGAAGAGCGACAUCGACGAGGUGGCUCUGCAGGGCAUCGAGUUCUGGUCCAACGUCUGCGACGAGGAGAUGGACCUGGCCAUCGAGGCCUCGGAGGCCUCGGAGCAGGGACGCCCUCCGGAGCACACCAGCAAGUUCUACGCCAAAGGGGCCCUGCAGUACCUGGUCCCCAUCCUCACCCAGACCCUCACCAAACAGGACGAGAACGACGACGACGACGACUGGAACCCCUGCAAGGCUGCGGGCGUGUGUCUGAUGCUGCUGGCCACCUGCUGCGAGGACGACGUGGUUCCUCACGUGCUGCCCUUCAUCAAAGAGCACAUCAAAAACCCCGACUGGCGCUACAGAGACGCCUCCGUCAUGGCCUUCGGAUCCAUCCUCGAAGGACCGGAGCUCAGCCAGCUCAAACCCCUCGUCACACAGGCGAUGCCCACUCUCAUCGAGUUGAUGAAGGACCCCAGCGUGGUGGUGAGGGACACCACGGCGUGGACGGUGGGGAGGAUCUGCGAGCUGCUGCCCGAAGCCGCCAUCAACGAGGUUUACCUCGCGCCCCUGCUGCAGUGUCUGAUCGAGGGUCUGGGAGCCGAGCCGAGGGUGGCCUCCAACGUCUGCUGGGCCUUCUCGUCUCUGGCCGAGGCCGCGUACGAAGCCACAGACGCUGCAGAGGAGCAGGAGGAACCCAGCACCUACUGCCUGUCCUCGUCCUUCGAGAUCAUCGUCCAGAAGCUGCUCGAGACCACGGACAGACCCGACGGUCACCAGAACAACCUGCGCUCGGCUGCCUACGAGGCCCUGAUGGAGAUCGUCAAGAACAGCGCUAAGGACUGUUACCCUGCGGUCCAGAAGACCACGCUGGUCAUCAUGGAGAGGCUGCAGCAGGUCCUGCAGAUGGAGUCCCACAUCCAGAGCACCUCGGACAGAAUCCAGUUCAACGACCUGCAGUCGCUGCUGUGCGCCACUCUGCAGAACGUUCUCCGGAAGGUGCAGCACCAGGACGCCCUGCAGAUUUCAGACGUAGUGAUGGCGUCUCUGCUGAGGAUGUUUCAGAGCACCGCCGGCUCGGGAGGCGUCCAGGAGGACGCUCUCAUGGCCGUGUCCACGCUGGUCGAAGUUCUGGGCAGCGACUUCCAGAAAUACAUGGAGGCCUUCAAGCCUUUCCUGGGUAUCGGACUGAAGAACUACGCUGAGUAUCAGGUGUGUCUGGCUGCUGUGGGCCUGGUGUGUGACCUGUGCAGAGCUCUGAUGUCCAACAUCCUGCCUUACUGUGACGAGAUCAUGCAGCUGCUGCUGGAGAACCUGGGGAACGAGAACGUCCAUCGGUCGGUCAAGCCUCAGAUCCUCUCUGCGUUCGGCGACAUCGCUCUGGCCAUCGGAGGCGAGUUCAAGAAAUACCUGGACAUCGUGCUGGACACUCUGCAGCAGGCGUCCCAGGCUCAGGUGGACAAGACCGACUACGACAUGGUGGACUACCUGAACGAGCUGAGGGAGGGCUGCCUGGAGGCCUACACCGGCAUCAUCCAGGGCCUGAAAGGGGACCAGGAGAACGUCCACCCCGAUGUGAUGCUGGUUCAGCCUCGGGUGGAGUUCAUCCUCUCCUUCAUCCAUCACAUAGCUGAGGAUGAAGAUCAUUCUGACGGAGUGGUGGCAAACGCCGCCGGCCUCAUCGGCGACCUGUGCACGGCGUUCGGUAAAGACGUGAUGAAGAUGGUGGAGGUUCGUCCGCUCAUCAACGACCUGCUGACGGAGGGCCGGCGCUCCAAAACCAACAAGACCAAGACGCUGGCCACCUGGGCCACCAAGGAGCUGCGCAAGCUCAAGAGUCAGGCCUGAUUGCUGACGGUCGGGGAAAAGAGAGAGUGAGAUUAGAGAGAUCGACAUCAGUGAACAAUGAGGACAAAUCGCCCCACUGGAAUGAACUCUUGUCUUUGUGGCGAUCGUUCGGUCGGAGCAGAAGAAGAAAUGAGAGGAAGUGAGAUGAGUGUCUGUGUGUGAGAGAGAGAGAGAGAGAGAGACGUGUGAGCGAGCGAGAGAUGAUGACAUCACCACCUUCAGUUCCAGCAGGCGACGACUCCCCCCUUCCUCCUCCCCCCCUCCUCCUGGACUGCCUGUGGACUGGACUCUGACUCCCCCCCCUGAACCCCCUUCCUCCCCCCCUUUAAAGAAGCAAGCCUCUCCCUCGAGCCCUCCCCCUCCUCCUCCUCCCGGAAUCCACCUCUCUCGCUGUUAUAGCUGGGCUCUCCUACGACAUCGCAAUGACGUCACAGACCCGCCGCCGCCCUCCCUUUCCUGGGAGACGUGGGGGGAGGAGGGGAAACGGAUUAAAAACUCGACAAGAAAACAAAAAGACUUUAGUGAAUGAGAUGAAGUGAGCGGACUGUGUGGACUUCUUCUGUGGAAAAAAACUUUAGAUUUUCGUUGCUCUUAUUUUUCUUCUUCUUCUGAGCACUAAAACAGCGAAGGAGACGUGACGGACGGACGGACAGACUCCUCCGCCGCUCCGUCUUCAGCGUUAUGCUCUUAUCCAAACAGCAGCACUAAAUUCCUACAAAGUAAAAAGAAUCCUGAGGAGCGAGUGCCAAACGGAAGAUCAGACGAAGCUGGGCCCUGAAAGCGAGCGCCGCGAGCUGCUUCGGUUUUUUGGUUUGGGAAAGGGUCACUCACCGUUUUUGCUUGUUUAAAAAGAUUUCAGAGAAUUGAAGACGUUUGUAUGAGGUUAUAUUUUUCCAUUGCUAUAAUGAAUACAAAGUGAAAACAAUAAAAUGAUAUGAAACAUUCCCCGAGCAGUUCUGGUGGUUUUGCUCUUGUUGGACUGAAACGUUUGGGACUCUGCUGACUGGAAGCUGAACUGUUGGUUUGUUUACUCGACGCCACAAAGAACCAUGAUUUUUUUUUUUUCCUUUUUCUUUUUUUUUUUCCUUUUUUUUUUUUUUAACUCUUCAUGGCUCGUUUGGCGGCGGCAGCUCGGCGAGUCGCUGCCAGACAAGUUUCUGUCGGAUGCUGAGUUUGAAGUUGGUGUGAAAAUCACAGCUGACGCGAAGCUUAGAGCACGCUCUGUGUCGCCUCUGCUCCACAACCGGACCUCUUCCCUUUCAGCAACAAUCAGACGCCUGAAAACAUUUACACUCACCGGGGGGCUGAAAGGGAAGCGGCUCCUGCUCUGGAGGGCUUUUAUUUUGUAGAGGCGCGGCAGCUGUAGGGACUUUUUCUGUGUUGACAUGAUGGCAACUCGAUUAUUUCUGAAUUGUGAAUCAUUUAAAGCCAAUCUGCUUUUUAUUUCAUAUUCAACUUUAGUGAACUAAUAAAGUCUAUAUUGUACUGAA